AUGGAUGUUGUAGUUGUGAGGGCUCUAAUCCAUGCUUUGCGAAGUUCCAGGAUGAACGUUUCGAUGGCGGCAUGUAAUACUAUCUUGGAUUUGUCGACUUCUUCUGCUGGAAGGCAGCGACUACUUGAGUUCUCUGCAUUACAGUUCCUUAUCCCCAAAUGCUUGCAGAUACAUAUUUCACCGACGGUGGUAUCUCUGUUCUGCAAUGGCAACACGAGGAGAAAGAGUAGCUUGGCAUCGAGAGAAGACCAAUAUGCAGUCUCACUUCUACAUGUCGUUAUAACUUUAGUUAAUGCAUGUAAUGUUGAGCAAUUGGAAAGGUUCUGGGGGAAGGAGGAGGGCAUCAAUCGCAAUUGGAAAUUGGCUGUGGAAUAUUAUGUAAGGUGA